UCCCCCCCCUCCCGCGGUCACUUCCGGUCUGUGGGGAGAAGCGAAGGUCUCCGGAGACAGCUGAAGAUGGAGACCCCUCCGGUCACCGUGCAGCCAGUUAUUGGCGGCUCCAUCAACAUGAUGGAGUACAUCCUGCAGGGCAGUGUGCUGGACCAGAGUCUGGAGAGCCUGCUCCACCGGCUGCGAGGCCUCUGUGACAACAUGGAGGCCGAGACCUUCGUGGACCACGAGCUGGUGUUCCUGCUGAAAGCCCAGCAGGGCAGCCCCUUCAUCCUGCGUGCCCGGCGUGCGGUGGACAAGCCCGGCCUGCCCUGGCACCUGCGCUACCUGGGGCAGCCCGAGGUCGGGGACAAGAACCGCUCGGCCCUGGUGCGCAACUGCGUGGACAUGGCCGCCUCCGACAGCCUGGCCGACUUCCUGCUGGAGAUGGGCUUCCGCAUGGACCACGAGUUUGUGGUGAAGGGACACGUCUUCCGCAAGAGCAUCAUGAAGGUGGUGGUGUCCAAGGUGUUCCGCAUCCUGCUGCCCAACAACCUGGACAACAUCGAACCCCUCUCCCUGUCCUACCUGGUGGAGCUCAGCGUGGUCGCCCCACCCGGGCAGGACGCCGUCUCCGACGACAUGAAGAACUUCUCCGAGCAGCUCAAACCCCUGGUCCACCUGGAAAAGAUCGACCCCAAGCGGUUGCAUCAGGUGUAGCGAGGCGCCCACCUGCGACAGGUACGGCCCUACCUGGGACUGAGAACUCUGCUGCCUUUCACACUCAGCCAUCCAUUUUUGUCCAAUAAAGCAGCGUUUGUUUUGCUCUCUCUCUCU